UACUCACCGACAAAGACUAGGGACUGGAUAAUGUCACAUAUUUUUUUUACAUAAAGUUAAGUGUCAGAUAACUGAAAGUAUUCAGAGGGGAACAAACAUGUGUGCCCACUGUUGUUACAGCUAAAGAUGUCCCCCGAUGAGGCGGUGAUGUUUUCUGCAGCCCAAUGACGGAGCUCUGAUACCGCUGAUACAUUGAAUGAGUGCACUGAGUGUUGGCAGUAGCACGGAAACGAGAUUUAACAACAGAGAUAAAUGGCGAAAGGGCGGAACCUGCAGUGUAAGCGCCAAAGAUCCAACACGAAGUCGCAUUAGCCGAAGCGAUUUGCAGCCACAAGCUAGCACCAAAGACUGCUAGCACCUCGCUAAGCUAAGCCAGUAGGUAAGGUUAGCCGGGGUAGCUAAUGCUAGCUGGCAAGUGUAUCUGUAGUGGACGUGUGUGCCAUCGGUGGGAAGAAUCGUCGGCCGACUGCACUUGACAACUUAAUCCGACCGGCUGUCGUGUAUCCUAUGGUCUCGCAGCGCUAGUUGCCUGUGUCAAAAUGUCCACCACUUCGUUGGAUAAAGAAUUACAGGAGCGGCUGAGAGAGGCGUCUGCCAUCGGGGACAUCGACGAAGUGCGGACAUUGGUGGAGAGUGGAGUAAAUGUGAACUCGCAGAACGAAAUAAACGGCUGGACCUGCCUGCACUGGGCAUGCAAGAGGAACCACAAGCACAUAGUGUCCUACUUACUCAGUUAUGGAGCAGACAAAGAAAUCCUCACGGCUAAGGAUGAGUUGGCCUCGCAACUUACAUCCAAACCAGAGAUCAAACGGCUUUUAGGAGUUGAAGUGGAGGACGUGCCUGAAGUCAAGGAGCCUGAGUUGCCGAUCAUCCCCAACUACCUGUCUAACCCGGCCUUCAUGUAUUCCAAGAUGGAUAAGUCCGAGAUCAUCCUGGCACGGCACCUUACACAGAAUGGUUCUGGAGAAGAUGCGGAGGACAUGCACAGCGAUUCACCCUCCCUCUCCCCGACUCACGAGCCUCACCAAUCCCAGAGCCUGUUCUCUGACGGCCCCACAUCUCCCCCAAACCCCACCGCCCACAGCCCAGCCCACGGGGAUCUCAUCCCCGUGACUGAGCAAAAUGGCGUGUCGCCCAGCCCGGCCUCGUCCCACCACCACGCUGCCGUUAACCGCACGGUGCCCAUGGACCUGUCGGUCGAGCCGCACCUUGCCAACCAUGCCGACUACCCGCAUGCGGUGGCACACAACGGCACCGUGUGCUCGCCGCCGUUGGCCUCGCCCAGCCCCAGCUUGGCCAGCAGCAGCGGGAGCCAGGUCCAGGCCCCGGUGGCCAACGCUAACCCAACCAUGAGCAGGCAGCAGUCCAUCCCACAGCAGUUGAGCUACGGCCAGGCUGGUGGGCCCAUGGCGGCCUUCCAGCCUUUCUUCUUCACCAGCACCUUCCCCGUCAACGUGCAAGAGUUGGUGCUGAAGGUGCGUAUCCAGAACCCCAACACUCGGGAGAACGACUUCAUUGAGGUGGAGCUGGACCGCCAGGAGCUCACCUAUCGCUCCCUCCUGAGGGUCUGUUGCCGAGAGUUGGAUAUCAGCACCGAGCACGUGGAGAAGAUCCGCAAGCUGCCGAACACCAUGUUGAGAAAGGACAAGGACGUAGCUCGGCUGCAGGACUUUCAGGAGCUUGAGGUUGUGCUGGAGAAAGCAGAGGGCCUGUCCCUGUUCUCUGGGACUGGGGGCCUAACAGACAGACCGUGCUACAACAUGAAGGCCUCCCGCCUCACCUACUAGAGCUGCCACAGAGCCGGAGGUCUCCCCGCUUACGGAUUGGCUUCUGUAGCUGCCCUCAAGCGACCAUAACUAGUUGCCCGCCCAGGUCCCUUGUAACGGCUUUGUCCAGCUUUGGUGUUUCGCCAAUUUCCUAACUGGGGAUUUGUUAUUUCAAGUUCAGUAGCUAUUGUCCUCCUCCGGCACCUCCUGCCGCUUUAGUGUACCCAACCAGUUGUAAGCGAUUACUGAUGCAUGGUGUCCUCGAUUAUGUGCGAAAGUAUUUGGGCCCCUUUUCUCCUCUCCUUAUUUCUUUCUCUCCUCCCCACUGCACUUUGUGCCAAGGCUCCAGUGGGACAACAGAGGGAGGCAUUGGCUUGUCUUCCUUACGGACCGGACUUGAAUGGGACUCUGUAACAGCCUCAUCGGGACACGUCCCUGUACAGACUGUGGUCACAGAGGAAAAGACCUGGUCUGAUGAGACGAAGAGCAGAGGACAACAGGAAGGCCUUACAGGACUCUUGCCACAUAAGCUCGUCACCGGUCCUCAGAGUAGGACAAGUUGGACUUGCACACGGCAACUUGAAUUUCUAGGAGAUUGGCGUGUAGAGUGCUCUCAGAUGUUCUAGCUGGCAUACACACUUUCAUACAUGCUGUAGGCAUGAACCUUAGUGUCUUUCCUGCAGAGGGAAUCACAUACUAAUUCUAAGGUGGCGGUGAUCUCUCACCAGGUGAGACGAAGGUAUCUUUGGACUAAUAGCACUGCUAUACAUACAGUCUGCUUUUCAUCUGUAUCCACACGAGGAUGGACACAUGUGAGGAGCAGUACUGGUUUCCCUCCAUGUUUAAAUCAUUCAGUCACUGUGGAAGCAAAAUAAUUUGUUUUGUUUGAAUUGUUCUCUUUUCUGUCUUUUCAUGUCGGACAAAAAUGUAAAAUCUUGGAGAUAAAUGUGCAGCAACUCAUUUUUUUUAUUUUCUUCUACAGUGCAUCCUAAUAGGUUGAGUCAGCAGAAUACUUAAAACGGUCAACUGUGAAGUAUUUAUUUAGAAUGUUUGAUUUAAAUUGAUUCCUACUAACGGAGCGAGACCAAUGCGCUUUAGAGUGGCGAGGCUUGAGUCCCGGUAAAGUGUGUGUGUGUGUGUGAGAGUGAGAGAGAGAGAGAGAGAGAGAGAGAGUGUGUGUGUGUGAGAGAGAGUUCAUUUCAGUUGCUGUCAUUCUGUUUAACUGUGAUUAGAAUCAAAACCAAAAACUAAUCUAGCCAGCAAAGAUACUAACUGCAGAAUAAACUAUCACCGCUUCAGAGGAGAGCGCAGCCUUGUGACACUCGUGACGUGAAGAGGAAAGGCAUAAGAUUCAGCAGACGGCAUGACGGUCUGUGUGUGUGUGUGUGUGUGUGUGACGCUUCCUUGUUCUUCCAGCACUAACGGAAAUUCUUAUUGACGAUUGUUUCCAAUUAUUAUUUUGGUUGCCGUGUGUCAACUAAGGCUGUCUAUAUAGUGACUAGAUUUCUUUCAAAUAUCCAUACAUGGCCUCAGUUUGGUUAUCAAGGCCAGUCUUCUGCUAAUGUUGUUUUAUUUUAUUUCAGCCCUUUUUAAUGUAAAUUCUUUCUUUUCGGUUGCUUAAUCACAAGUGUUGCUGUUGACCUUAAAUGGAGACUGACGAGAUGACCGCACCGACCAACAUUCUUGUACUGUACAUUAAGAGUUUUAACAGGUCAAGAGGCACGGCCAUGUUGUGUCGGGAUGGUUUAUGCUGCUUUCAUCAACACUUUUAAAGUUCUCAAUGCUGGGGCUCGUUUAUUUUCAGCAGUGCCACUACACAUCUCCUACAAUCAGAGAGUUCCUUACCCAGCGGUAACUGUUUACUGUCGAAAUGUACACCUGACGCUCUUACUGCAUUCGUAUGUUUUUCAGAUAUAUUUUGUAUUAUUUCUUUUUAACCGGGUUAGGCCUGUUGUGUUUGUGUCAAAAAGUCUUAACGUAGAGCGAGAGAGAGUUCAUCUAUGGGAUGCAAAAGUCCCGGGUCGCUGUUGUAGAAGCAAAGUGCAAUGUGGUGGAGUAGGUUCGCCGUGAGAAGAAAGGACUAUACCACGAGUGCUUAUGUUCUGUUCCCAGCUAUGUUAAAUGCUUUAUUAAGUGAAGUUGUGCCACAUGUUUAAAGCAGGAGUUUGGGACUAUGUGUGGAGAAAACAUCCCCCUGGCCUUAUAUGGUGUCCUGGGUGAGUGAGAGCAGGAUGUUUGAAAUGGGUUGUUUUUAUAGGAUCUCCUUUUGAUUCUGUGGAAAGCAGAUAACUAACGUUGUAUUUGUUGAGUUGCUUAUUGUUCUAGAAAACGCAGAAUACAGUUUGACUUAACCUAUGCAUUCAGAGUCUGAUAUUUUUAUAUACAGUGCGUCCUGUGCACUUGUAGGAAGGAUCUUCACUGUUCCACUUCUUUGGUUCUGGAGACCUGUAUCUGUUCUUUGAUAAAGCAUGGUGAAUUACUUCCCUCUUCCUCUCUGACCUCAUCUUCUAAAUUCACAUUACGUCCACCUGACUAAUUGAGGUAACUUUGAUGUAAUGAGCUUGAGUAUCUUUCUUAGUGCUCACUAUAAAUUAAGGGAUCGGUUACAUGUUUGGUGUGGUUUCUGUUGCAGGUCUUCCUUUUGUUUGUACCUGCAUGUGUGGGCUCGGACGUUGAGGUAAACUCCCCAAUAAUUCAUUGAGAUGUAUGUUUCAACCAACAGCCAGUAGAGGGAGCAGAAGAGCACAUAUUGGCAUCAGCCACAUAGGUAUUACCACUUGAAUUCAUAAUAAGAGGAUAGCUUUUUUUUUUUUUGCUUGGAUUUAAUUGAAUAUAAAACAUGUUUUAAAACUUGCUGCUUAAAUACUGGUCCAUGUUCUAUGUUUAUACCGAAAACCAUUAAGCCAUUAAAGAUUUCAUUAUGAACACUUGAAUAAAAAGCAAUAACUGAAAAUUGCGCACCUUUUAUAAAGGUCCAACCUGCACAUUGACUAAUAAACCUCUAAUAACCCUGAAUAGCCUAUUUACUUAAAUAUAUAACUGAUGAAGAAUCCAACCACAUUAUUUGCUGCAGAUACAUAGACUUCCUUUCAACAAUAAUUUAACAUUUCAUAUUAUUACCAGUUAAUAGGUCCAUUAUUAACACUAGUAAUACGCAUUACAAAGUUCAGUAUUCUACCGUCCAGCUGUGGUUUUUCACUUUUGACCUGUAUUUGUGCAACGAGCCAAUGUUGUACGUUCUGUUUUGACCUUAAAAAACGAGACAUUUUGUUAUGUUCCCUCUCUGAUUUAAAGAACAUAAACAGCACCUAAGUUAUGGUCAUACUGACACGCUAGAAAUCCUUAACCUCUUCAGUGAAAUGAAUACAAUAGUGUUCAUGCGGUGAGCAGAUGUUCAGACGCUGCAAUCCGGAGAGAGCAAAUAUUGCAUAAUCUGAGCGGAAUGGCGUUAAGAAAGUUAAAUGUGUGUGUGCGCAACCUAAAUAUAGGGACAAAGGAAUGUAUGGCAAUCAGGACAUAUACAUUAUAGUGGACCCCCGUGGAUCUGCGCAUGUAUGCCUGCAUGUGUGUCCAUCGGCAUGUUGUGCUGUGUGUCUAGACUGGAGCUGAGGAUUCAGCUUAGGGCCCUGCUGUGGCUGGACGUGUCCCUCUCCUUUGUUCUGGAGUGAGACACUCAUAAUAAGCUUAGUAUGAACCAGCUUCCCGAGACUCAGUCAUGGGCAAGAGACGCUGUGGACCUGCAUGGUCAAGAACCCUUAAGAGCAUUUUAGAAAUGGAGACACAAGGCGACGUUACUCACAGGUACGUGCCUUGCUCGAUGUGCUUAUACUAUGGCCGUGGUGCAAUAUGUGCCAGUCUCUAACAGGCAUUAUACACAAAGCCAAUACACAGAGCUGCUUAUUUGUGUAAAGCCACUGAGGGAUUAAUGCUGAGGUCAGAUUUACAGUAGCUUAUAUAUACAGCAUAUAUGUAUAUACUGUAUAUACCCAACAAACUGUGGGGCCCUGUGAGUGACCUGGAAGAAAGAAAAGUGAAUUGCCAGGGUCAUCUUAUAAAUGGAGUGUGUCAGCCAUCUCAUGCAGCUUGAGCUGUACAGGCCCACAUACAGCAAAGGAAUAGUGGAAAUGUGCUUCUUUGCCUUCUGGCGGAGAGUUGUAUGAGGCUCCAGCCAGCAGCCUGUUAGCUUAGCAUAGCAUAAAUGUUGGGGUUACUUUAUUGAGUCCCAUGGUUUUGGAGAAAGGAAAAGUUGCUGCAUCUAGACCAGAAAUCACAGUAAAACACAUGGAUCAUGGGGGACGAGGGGAAACAGCUAGUGUGUAGAUAUCUAAAGCUCAUCAGCUAAUGUUAUAUCUCUUGUUUAAUCCGUACAAAACCAAAAGUACUACAACCAAACAUUGUAGGCUACUGUUUUACACUGAAUUCUGGCGUCAGUAGACGGUUGGCGGUCUUUACAGUGUGUGCCAGAGAUUUUGGUUUCAAGGUGAAAUACUAUCCAAUGGCAUGCCGGUUAUUCUACCAUCGUAACUUCAUCCCUGAUCGGCAAAGAUCAUUACGGCAAAUUAUUUUAACACUUACAAUUUAUAUUGUUUUUUGAUGUUAUGCUCUUGUCAGUGGACGUUUGCAGUUACUGAGCAUAACAUGAUUGUGAUAAAGUAUUUGCAAGCACCAGGAUCUGGAAGCUUUACGGCGCGUUUCAACCACUAAUCUACAUAUUGCAAGAACAUGAAAAAUAAAUGGAGACAUUCCUUGAGUUGCAAAGCUGUUUUGAUCUGGUCUCAGAAAGAUGGUGAGUGUGCACAGAGAGGGUCAAAGUCAAGGUCUGUUUGCAGACAAUACAUACGCUGAAGGCAGAUAGACGGUCGGGGCGCCCUGCAUGGGGUCCACCAUGAGGCUUUAUUCAAUAUAUUGACAUGCCCUGUAGCCCCAGUGCUGGCUAUGCUGGGAAUGCAGGAUCUUGAGGGGUAAAGGUUAGGGGUGGGCAGACACUGAAAACACAGCUUCACUGUGUUUGUGCAUUUGCAUGAAAUAGAGAGCAUGCACAUAUGUGUAUGUGUGUAAAAGGGGUAGUAUAUAAUUCGUACAGUCAAUUUUCUAUAAGUGAUCGUUAUUAUCGUCAGUUAGAUAAUCACUGUUUCUUUACUAUAGUCACUAAUUACUUAUAGGCUUUAUGUGCAUGCGUGUUUAUGUGUUUGCGUGUGCGUGCGUGUGUGCAUGUUUUUAGAGAGGGCUCAACAGACUCAGACCAGACUAAGACUGCAGGGUUUGGCCUGGAGCGCACUGGGCCUCUUUGGGCUCAGCAGGGACUCAGCUUGGAAGCACUACAUACUCACACACACACACACACACACACACACACACACACACACACAGACAAAUGUUGGAUAUUUUGUUCAUCUAAAGAUACAUAUAGACCAGCUUUUUAACGUCAGCAAAAGCAGUUUAAUUUGAGUUUAAUGGUGUUCCUAGGCUGUGUCACUGGAACUGUAUCAUAAUCCUUUCUUCUGUUCAUGUUCACAACCAAACAGACCACCAGCCAAUUUGUUUUGUUUUGAAGCUCCCUUUUCUGCAACACUUCCUAGAAUUGGCUUUCAUGGAACAAACCGAGUUUUCUCAACAUAUAUCAUGUUGUGAAAACCCGGCCAAGCUGUCUGUACUACUUGUGACUUCUUACAUGUCAAUAUUGUGAUAGCUUGAGCUUGUUGAUUGCAAUAUGCCCAGCAUCAUCUCUUUCAUUUCAGUCUCAUCGCUAACGACGCUACAUCAUAUUCCAACAUUGAAGAUGCUUUAUAUAUGAAAUGGCAUGUAAAUAGGAUUUUCUGAUUAACUCAACCCAAGUGGGUGAGUGUGGUAGUUGGAGAAAGGACUGUUUUUUUAAUUGAUACAACUUAAUAUUCCAUCUGUGUGAUGGAGUAUUGUCCACAAACUGGGACGUUUGGCAUACUCAGCUACCGAGACAUGUAGAUCAUGAUCAUGUUUUCUUUGUACCAUGUCAAGUAUACGUAUGCUACGACUUGUACACUUCACUAUUUGGGGCAUUUCCAACGUUUUGCAGUGGUGGGUUUAUUAAGAAUUAUGACUCCUGACUGGAGUUUUCAGGACAUUUUACAACACACGUCACAGUGUAACAUACAACAAACUAGAAUGUUUGAGGAUGCAUGUUGUAUCAUUUGAAUCAGUUAAACCUGAAUACAUGAUGUGACAAAUGGACAAUAUACCGUUUCAGUGAAUAUGACAGGCUGGCAAAAUGGUGUAUCCAGUAUGGCAGAAAUUAAAUGUAUUAUAUAAAAAAUAGUACAGUUGGAAUGUUGGAUUCUGUAACAAGCAGCUCAGAUAUUACUGGCCAAAACACAGAAGUGGCUUUAUGGCACCAUCACCUGGUGCUCAAGCAUAACUGUUGUCACAUAUCUGGAAAGAUUUGCUGUUGUUGGUCUUGGAGUUUUUGAGGUACAGAAACCUUUA